CUGAGGUCCAGGAGCAAUGCAGAGACGCACAGUGGACUGCAACCUUACCAGGAGGGACUUUUCCCGCCUCAUCACCUGGCAAGAAUGGGUGCUAAAGGGAAGAGAGCCCCUGACAGCCUGGGCAAGUACCCGGGAUAAAGGGAACAUUAGGCAGUGAUGGAGGCGCGCCCUCGCGGCGUGACUGUGUGAUGCUCUAACACAAGAUGAGGAAGGAGGGUGAGAACACGGAUCCUCUGCAAUAACGUCCCGGUCCCGCUGCACAGGAGGCAGCUAGAACGCAGGGAGACCAUCGCCUUUAAGAAUGUACUAGCAGAAACUGACUCCUCAGUUUCUUCAAUUACAGGAUCAAAGAAGGCAUCGUAUAUGUCCGUGGAAAUAUUUAGAACAGAUAAGGGGCUAAGAUUAAAUGUUGUCUGCCCCUCAGGAAAACUCCGAGAUCCGCCAGCCUACUGUCUCGAUAGGUAUCCCGAGUUUUCUGAGAGCAAGCUCUACCUCCGGGAUAACGUUCUACCACGUUCUCGCUUAUUCGCCAUAAACUGCAGCCCCCAUAAUGCAUCUCACGAACUUUGGCCCUGAUGGGUCACUCUGAUUGGGUAUUUCCUUCAGACUGCCCCGCCCCUUCCUCCAGGCGCAGCCACCUCCCAUUGGCUGUGCUUAGAUGCACGUGGUGGGGAGGCAAUAGCUGCAGCAGCUGCCUAGAGAUGAGCCGCAAGGAUUCCGAUGAGGAGGUAGCGGACGUGGCUAAGGAGCUCGUGACCUUUCUGACCCAAACCGCCCGGCCAGACGUCCAGGCAGAGGCAGCCCGCCACAUCCUGGGACUGACGGGGUCCGAAACCGGCCGGUCCCUUCUGGUAGCCCAGGCGGGGCUACUGCAGGCGUUGGUCAGGCUCAUGGACGGCCCUCCCACGGCAGCGAAGGGGGCAGUGGGAGACGCCUGGCGGGCAAUGGUGAACCUGUCCGCAGAGCCCAACGUCCACAACUCGAUGCUGGCCGAGCUGCCCCAGCUCCCUGUCCAGCUGCUGGCCCGGGCGCUAGCCCCAAACUGGCCCUGGGCCGGAGAGGCUGCGGCCGUGCUGGCCAAUCUGAGCCGGGAGUCGGAGCCCAUCAGGGAGCUGUUGGAGAAGAGUCUGGAGUCCAGCAGUGACAAGGCAAGUCCGGAGCCCAGCCUGGCCCUUCUUGUGACUGCCUUGACCACACCUGGCUAUAACCCCCAUUCCCCUCUCCACUACCUGGCCUCCCUGCUCUCCAACCUCAGCCACCUACCGCGAGUCCGAGCCUUCUUGCUGGACCCUAACAGGCGUCUGAUCCAGCGUCUCCUGCCUCUCACCCACUGGCCAGACUCUGCUGUUCCAAGGAUGGGGGUGGUGGGCACGCUGAGGAACUGCUGCUUUGAGCACGGUUCCCAUGAGUGGCUCCUGGGUCCCCAGGUGGAGCUGCUUACCUUCCUGCUGAUGCCGCUGGCUGGCCCAGAGGAAUUCUCCGAAGAGGAAAUGGAUCGAUUGCCAAUGGACCUGCAGUACCUGCCCCCAGACAAGGAGCGUGAGCCAGAUCCUGAAAUCCGAAAGAUGCUUAUUGAGACCAUUAUGUUGCUCACAGCCACAGCUCCUGGACGGAAACUAGUGAAGGAUCAAGGGGCUUAUCUGGUGCUGAGGGAGCUGCAUAACUGGGAACCUGAUCCUGAUGUCCGGCUGGCCUGUGAGAAACUCAUUCAGGUGCUGAUUGGGGAUGAACCAGAGGCAGGCAUGGAGAACCUACUAGAAGUGACUGUCCCCCCAGAUGUAGAGCAGAGGUUGCAGCAGCUGGACCAGCAGGAGCAGCAGCAGCUUCAGCAGGAACGAGAAGAGGCCGGCCAGCCCUAGAGCAGGCCCCAUAAUCUGGGAUCUUGCUGAUGGGGCCCUGGACCUCUCCCCAUGCCUUUUUGCCCUCUGACCAGAGGACUCUUGUGACCAGUAGCCCCCCUGGAGGUUGUACCCAGGCUGCUGACCUCAAGGAACCAGCCUUCUUUCCCUUGUCUUUGUUUCUGUGGGUGGGUGAAGCCUGGCCCCCAUCAGAAGCUGUACUUCCUCUGCCUCCCACUUCAGCUUGUUAAGAAUCUGCCCCAGGCCAGGGGUGAGGAGUGGACGACAAACACCGCUGGGGUGCUGGAUGUGUCCCCGGAAAGGCUGUGGGCCAGGCCUGUCUCCAGGCCCCCCCUUCCCUUGGAGAGCUCUGGAAUUUGUGUCUCUACUUCUCACUGAGCCUAACACCUCCUGUUGGGGGCAAGUCUUUGUGACAUCCCUCCAACAUGGGAAAACAACUGUCAAUUGUCUUCCUCCUCCCCACCUGGUUUCUUUCACCAGUUCCUAUUGUCAUGAUCUCCAAACCUUUCACUAUUCUGCGGGACCUCCUCUUCACAGGUCUCAGUGCAUUAAUGUCCUUUGUAAAAUGUGGUGCUCAAAUCCAAACACCAAAGGUGAUCAAAGUAGAGGAGUGGACAAGAGGGCCAUCACCUCCCUAAUCCGGGACGCUGUGCCUUUAUCAAAACAGCAUUCUAUGUCAUACUAUUGCUUUAUAUUCCCAAAUCUUUUUUACACACACUGUUGACUUAAAUCCCUCCUCCCUCCUCUGUGUGGUUGAUUUUUUUGAGCCCGAAACUAGGAGUUUACAUUUAUUCCUAUUAAAUGUCAUGUUGAUUCA